UGUAGUCCCAAAACAUCUGAAGGGCUGAGUUUGGGGAUGCCUGCUCUAAAGAUACAGCAGUAUCUCUUAGGGACAAACUUUGGUUAAUGCAGGAAAAUGCAAGUGUUUUAUACCAGUUGCUAAUUUCUUGGUUCAACGAACGGUAACAAUGUUUGCUAUUUAUGUUUGCCUAGAGUUCAUCAUAAAGGCUACAGCCUUUGGCUUGCUGGGAAAACAUUAUGAAGAACCUGCUUGAAAAGUUGUUCAUUCUCUUCCUCAGUAGUCUGCUUGGCGCUUUUCUUCUUCAGACGCUCUAUAGUUGGCAGACAGAAAUAAGAGAUCCUGAAGAAGAUUGGCUGAGAAGGCAACGAGAUCGCAAAGCCUCUUUGGACACCAUCUGCCAGAAAUAUACUUUCUCAAAAGGAAAACCAAACCCUCAAGUUGCGAGUCAGAUCUUUGUAGACGAGCGUCACAACUUUAUCUACUGUGAAGUGCCAAAGGUGGGCUGUUCCAACUGGAAAAAAAUUAUUCUCCUCCUCACACUCAACCUGAGCAGGGAUGUCUUAGAAGUAGAUCAUGAUAGAGUCCACAGAACACAUCUCUUAAGGAGGUUAAGUUCUUACCCUUCUGAUCAGCAAGUGAAACUUCUGAACAGCAGCAUUAAAGUGAUGUUCACCAGGCAUCCUCUAGAGAGAUUGGUUUCCGCUUACAGAGACAAGCUCUUGCACUUUGAGCCUUUUUACGUCUCUGUGGCAAAAAGGAUCAAGACUUUGUUCAGGGGAAACCCAAACUCCACCGAUCCAGUGACUUUCCAGGAAUUUGUAAACUUUGUUUUGAAACAAGCCCCCAACGAUUUGGACAUACACUGGAAGCCAAUGUUUAUGCUCUGUGAUCCCUGCAACAUUCACUAUGACAUUUUGGGGAAGUACGAGACACUGGGAGAAGAUGCUGACCAUGUUCUCAGGAGAAUUGGAGCACCAGACGAUCUCCAGUAUCCAGAUUUUAAGAAGUACGGUACAGAGAAGAGGACCAACAACAAUAUCACUCUGAACCACUUCAGCAAACUGAGUAAGGACCAAGUGCAGAAGCUCAAGGACCUUUACUCAAUUGAUUUCUCUUCCUUUAAUUAUUCUUUUCAUUUUUAAAACAAAACUUUGCUGUAAGAUUCAAUCGCAGUUCCCUUCUCUGGGUUCUCUGGUCUCCUGUCUGCUAGACAACAGGAAGUCCCUGUGGUGGCUGGCACCCUGUCUCUGGAAAAUCCCUCUUUAGGGAGGCUGAUCUGGCAUUUUCAUUGUUAUAGCAUAUGUACUGAACUAGGAGCCUACCA